AAGUCUUUUCCAUAAACAAGCCGGGUAAGAGUGGUAGACGUUCGGCUCCUUUUAUUGGACUCUAGUCCGUUCUCUGUGCGGUUGAAAUUGGACGGCGUUCUCCGACAAAAGUUUAAUUCUCACUUUUCCAAUAGACGUCGUAGGAGACACGUUAAACUUUGACUUAAAAAUUUUACCUGCUGUUAAUUGAACUGGAUUAUUAUGCUGGUGUCACGAGGGUUGCCAUAAUAAGAGAAAAGAAGACUGUUUCACAAAAGCAAUGCGUGUAAAAAAAUAAAUAAAACGGACGUUGUACGUAAAUAAAUAUUGAAACGAAAUAACAAGGUGCUUAUUUACCAAAAUUGGUGAGUUUCACGAUGACGAUGACACAAAACGUUGACGGACAUCGUCAGGAUGAAUCGAAAAAGGAAAUCGCUUCGCCUCUUCCACAGCGCGUCUUGCAACCGACUGCGGAAGAAUUGGCACCCGAUGGGGGCUGGGGAUGGAUGGUUGCCGCAGGGACUGCCAUAUCAUACAUAGUUUGUCUCUGCCCGACAUCAUCGCUUGGAUUAGUAUACGGCGACUUUUUAGAAACGACCGGGAGUGAUGGAUCAGCCCUAACUUUGAUGAACGCCAUGUUCAUGCUCAGUUUUUCAUUUGCCGGUCUUUUCUGCAACGGGCUUCUCAAGAGGCACAACAUUAGGCAUGUGGCUGUGUGCGGAGCCAUGAUUUUUUCAAUUGCAAAUUUUGCCACGAUUUUUAUCCCGAACGUACCCUACCUGGCGGCCUGCUUUUUUAUCCAAGGGAUGGGAGUCGGCAUGGUUCUCAGCAUCAUCAACACCAGUAUGAACGCAUACUUUGUCAAGCGCAGGGCAUUGGUGAUGACUGCGCAACAAGUGGUUGUUGGUUUUGGCGCAAUAUUCUAUCCGUCCCUAAUCGAGUAUUUCCUAAGAACUUAUGGGUUUCGGGGCUGUUUGACUUUGCUUGCUGGGCUGAGCUUCCACGCAAUCCUUGGAAUGUUCACGAUAAGUCCAGUGGAGAACCACUUCAAAAAACCAAAAAUAAUUAGGCAUAAACCCGGCGGAAAUGUUGGACAUGUAACGAACUUUAAAUCCAGUGGUAAUAAUGACAUUUUAAUCGAGGGGAAAAAAAUUAUUCCAAUCGAAAGAAAAUAUUUGGACGAUGAACAAGGCUGGGAGAAAAAUAAAAGCGUUCCGAGCCUCAGAGUCGAAUUGGAGAACGAAAAGCCGCUAUUGAUCGAUCGCUUGAAGGCACCUCAUCGGUCUGAGGAUCACGUCGAUUCCGAUUAUGAUAUUGAGAAUGGAUGUCAUUUUAGGAAAAGCAAGGGGUCAACUCUGGACAUGCUGUCGAAUCAAAUUCCCAUGAUAACGGCUACAAGUGUGUCCAGCAUGCCGGGUAUCGGGGCGUUUGGUGAUGUGGGUCAUUCGAUCGCCGAUGUGACAAAGAAGAACGAAUCUACGGAGAAAAAGACGAUACUGUCAAUCUUGGGAAACUUCUUCGAAGUGUCGCUGCUGCACGACCAUUCCUUUGUUAAUAUAUGUAUGGGAAUGAGCUUCAUUUUUGUGAGUGACCUGACGUUCGGUUCAUUUGUUCCAAUAAUAAUGGCCAACGGUGGAUACAACAAGCAGGAGACUGCUCUGGCCCUUACUGCAGCCGCCAUUGCUGAGUUGGUAUCCAGAGUUGCUCUCGUCGUCUUCGCCAUGUUCUUCAAGGUGAAAGCCAGGAAUUUAGUCCUUGGGGCGACCUAUGCUCUGCUUUGUGGUCGAUUAGCGUUUUUAUACUGCACUUCUCUGAUUGGCAUCAUCGUCGUGAUGUCAUUCUCUGGACUAGCACGUUCCUGGUUUCUAGUACCUCAGCCACUGGUUCUCGCCGAACAUUUCUGCAUCGAGAAAUUCUCCGCAGCCUACGGGCUCUUCUCAGUCAUCAAUGGAUGUCUUACGAUUUUUAUUUCCCCAGCGACAGGACUCGUGAAGGAUUGGACCGGCAGCUAUGUUAUUGCACAGUACAUGCUUAUAGGGGUAAUGUUACUCUGCAUCAUACCUUGGACUAUCGAACUUUUGGCUCACAAAUAUGUUCUCAAACAACAAAAAGCUGGAAUAGCGACCGGGAAUUGACCCUUGUUACUUUUAGCUCAACUACCAUGUCCAUGCGAACUUGGCGCAAAUACUGUUUUACUUAUGCUAAGUUAUUUUUAUGUAUUUAUGAGUAAUAAUUAGUAUUAUUUCUUGUUUGA